CUGUAGAGUCAUUCCCUGUUGUCGAGAGGUGAAAUGGAGCAGCAAAGAAAUCAAGCACCAGAGGAGAAGUUCUGCUGUUCGAUCUGUCUGGAUCUACUGAAGGAUCCGGUAACUAUUCCCUGUGGACACAACUACUGCAUGAGCUGUAUUAAAACCUCCUGGGAUGAAGGAGAUCAGAGAGGAAUCUACAGCUGUCCUCUGUGCCGAGAUACUUUCUCCCAGAGGCCUGUCCUGGUGAAAAACACCAUGUUGGCAGAUUUAGUGGAUGAACUGAAGAAGACUGGACACCAAGCUGCUCCAGCUAAUCACUGCUAUGCCAGACCUGGAGAUGUGGCUUGUGAUGUCUGCACUGGGAGGAAGCUGAAAGCCUUCAAGUCCUGUCUGGAUUGCCGGGCCUCUUACUGUGAGCAACACCUUCAGCCUCACUACCAAUCUGCUGCUUUUAAAAAACACAAACUUGUCGAAGCCUCCGGCAAUCUUCAAGAGAACAACUGCUCUCGCCAUGAUGAGGUGAUGAAGAUUUUCUGCCGCACUGAUCAGCAGUGUAUCUGUUAUCUCUGUUUAAUGGAUGAACAUAAAGGCCACGACACUGUCUCAGCUGCAGCAGAAAGGACUGAGAAGCAAAAGGAGCUCGGUGAAAGUCGGCAAAACAUGCAGCAGAGAAUCCAGGAACGAGAAAAAGAUGUUAAGCUGCUUCAGAAAGAGAUGGAAACUAUCAAUCGCACUGCAGAUGAAGCAGUGGGGGACAGUGAGAAGAUCUUUACUGAGUUGAUCCAUGUCCUAGAGAAAAGAAGCUCUGAGGUGAAGGAGCAGAUCAGAUCCUGGCAGAAAACUGAAGUGAGUCGAGUCAAAGAGCUUCAGGAGAAGCUGGACCAGGAGAUUGCUGAACUAAAAAGGAAAAAUGUUGAGCUGGAGGAGCUCUCACGCUCAGAGGAUCCCAACCAGUUUCUUCACAGUUACUGCUCACUGUCAAAACUUACUGGAUCUAUAAACUCACCACUACCAAAACACAAUCGUUUGUGGUACUUUGAGGAUGUGAUGGCAGCUGUGACAGCAGCAAGAGAUAAAAUGCAAGAAAUUCUUUCUGAGAAACUGCCUUUAGCCGAGCCAACGACCAGAGCGGAGUUCUUACAAUAUUCAUGUCAAAUCACGAUGGAUCCCAACACAGCAGGCACGUCUCUGGAUUUAUCAGAGGGGAACAGAAAAAUAACAUAUGUAAAAAAUAAACCAUAUCCUGAACAUCCAGACAGGUUCCUUCAGGCAACUCAGGUCCUGAGUGAAGACGGAUUGACUGGACGGUGUUACUGGGAGGUGGAGAUGAGCAGCAGACCUGCUUCAGUUGCAGUCGCUUACAAGAGUAUUGGCAGAUCAGGUGACCUUCAUGCACGUUCAUUUGGAUUCAAUAAGAAGUCCUGGGCAUUACGUUGUGACAAUAGUUAUAUCUUUAGACAUGACAACUGCUCACUCAGAAUCUCAGGCCCCAAAUCCUCCAGAGUAGGAGUGUACCUGGAUCACAGCGCAGGUACUCUGGCCUUCUUCAGCGUCUCUGAAACUAUGACUCUCCUCCACAGAGUCCAGACCACAUUCACUGAGCCGCUCUAUGCUGGAGUUUGUCUUUUGGGUUUUUGUGGAGACACCGCUGAGUUUUGUAAACCAAGGUAAUCAUGAAAAGCCAGAGGACCGGUUAACAUCAAAGAAAUGUAUCGUAACCUGUGCAGGACAUGAAUAAAAGAGGCAGUUUAGGUUUAAGUGAUUUAACUCAGGGUGGCUGGUGCUAUUGGGACCUUUGUUCAUUGGGUGCAUUUCUGUAUUUCUGUUUAAUAUAUUAUGUGUGUGACAAAUAAGAUAACUACAUAUUACGGUCUAGGGUUUUAUUGAUGUGACUGUAAAUACGCACAUUUAUAAUAGCUAACAAUAUAUUUUCUGCUGUAAUUAGAUACAUUUAAUAGGUAGAGGAACUAAAGGAUGUUUUCUGAAGACACAUUUUAAAUGAGAAUGAUGAAAUGUAAAAUGUAAUAAACUCCUGCUUGAGAUUU